AUCAGCACAGAAACCCUCCAGUCGUCCAAAUCCGAGAUCACAGAGGUCAAACGAACGCUGCAGAGCCUGGAGAUCGAGCUGCAGUCCCAGCUCAGCAUGAAAGCGUCGUUAGAGGCCACCCUGAAUGAGACUCGGUACGCCAUGCAGCUGACGGGUUACCAGAACCAGGUCACCAUGCUGGAGGAUCAGCUGACGCACCUGAAGGCCGAGCUGGAGAGGCAGUCCCAGGAGUACCAGAUGCUGCUGGACAUCAAGACCAGGCUGGAGAUGGAGAUUGUCGAGUACAGGAGGCUGCUGGACGGAGAAACUAACAGGUGA